UAAAUACGGAGUAUCUGAUGUGGCUGUGAUUCUGCAACUUGGGAACCUCAAGUUCUAUCUCUAACCAAUCUGUACUCUGUUAAUUGAUCUACGAAAAUCGUGCCCUUCAGAUAUUUUGGUGCCAAGAAGAUUUGGUUCCAUCCUCCUCUUCAUUCUUCUUCGUUCUUCAACCUUCACAUCCUCAUAAGAUACGUAAGAAUUAAGAUCAACUCAGCUGUUCAGCGUGUUAAUUGAUUUGAAUUAACGUUAAAAACCAUUUCUUUCGAUGUGUUCUGUCCGUGGGUUUUGUUGUUGCUGAUUAGUUCUUAUAUUUUGUAUAUGUCGGUUGAAGCAAGAGGGUUUGAGAAGCAGUUCAAAUAGCUGAGAGUGACACAUGGGAUCAGGAUUAAUUGUUUACGAUAAAGAUUCAAUCUUUAAGGUAAAAAGAGUAGACUUGAGAUGGAAUCACAACUGGGUUUGAUUGAGCAGUCCUUUAAUGUUAGGUACUCAAGUUUGGUUAGAGAUGCACUUGAUAGCUUGCCUGACAGUUUUACCAUAACUGAUCCCUCCAUUUCUGGUCAUCCAAUUGUGUAUGCUUCUACUGGGUUCUUGAAAUUGUUCGGUUAUUCAAAGGAGGAGGUGAUUGGUAAGAACGGGAGGGUAUUUCAGGGUCCACAGACUGACCGGAGAUCCGUUAUGGAAAUCCGAGAGGCCAUACACGAGGAGCGUGCUAUACAAAUUAGUUUAUUAAAUUAUAGGAAAGAUGGGAUACCGUUUUGGAUGCUGUUUCACAUGUCUCCUGUUUUCUGUGAGGAUGGGAGGGUUAUUCAUUUUUUGGCAGUCCAAGUGCCUAUCUUGAAUAGGCAAACAAGGCUCGGUAGGAAGCAAAUGAACCUUUGUAAGGAUGGAGCUGCUUUUAGGGAGCCCAUGUUCAUGUGUUGUAGACGAGAUGUUUGCUUCAAUCCGGUUUCAAAAUUUGGACCUGCAUUAGCUUCACAUUCAGUUUCUGGCUCGCAUUAUCCUGAACCAGAGGAUACCGAUCCAUGUGUGGCAAGUGAUAUAGAGAAGAGAAAAUCUAUGGCUGCUCUCAACAACAUAUUAUCUGUUCUUAUGAAUUAUAGUGAGUUGACUGGCAGAUUGGUGUCUGGAAAGAGAUGCACUCCACCUAGGACGGACCUUCUUGGUACAUCACUAACAUCAUCUCUUGGUACAAUCAAGCAAAGCUUUGUAUUAACUGAUCCACACAAACUUGACAUGCCAAUCAUAUAUGCAAGUGAGGCCUUCUUAAGAAUGACAGGAUAUAAUAGAGAUGAUGUUUUGGGACACAACUGCAGAUUUUUAAGUGGUCUUGAUACUGAUUCCCUUACUCAAUUCCAGAUAAAAGAAUGCAUUAGAACAGAACAACCAUGUACAACACGCAUCUUAAAUUACAGAAAAGAUAGGACACCGUUUUGUAAUUUCCUGCAUAUUUCACCUGUUCGAAAUGCAACCGGCAAGGUUGCAUACUUUGUUGGUGUUCAAAUAGAAGAAGAUGCAGAGAAUGCCCAUGAGAAACAUGGGUUGAGACCUGACAGGAGCCACUUAGGUGCUGUUGCUGCUGUCAAGGUUACGGUGAGAGGCUCGUCCAUGGGAACCACCAUCCAGUCGUAGUAAUUCUCAUAUGGAGUUGUUGUAAACUUCCUCUACUCGGAUCCAGGAAUUGAUCAAGCAGUGUUUACAGAAAAAAGACUGGGAUUAACUUGGUUGUUCCUGACUUGCCUAUAUGCUAUUUGCUAAGCGUAAAUAUUAGGUUAGUCAUGGCAAAUUGAUGUACUUAUAGCGUGAUGCCCAGAAGAGAUAGUGGAUGAAAUUCAAGAGGCUGAGAAUGCACAUGAGCCAGUAGAAUCGCUCUAAAUGGUAAUGAUUCAAAUUGUCACCAGAGAGCCAUGGCCUGUGCCCUUUGGACCCAGUCAUACUAUUGACAAUGGCGACGAUGGCAGAGCUGAGGUAGUAUCCGAUGGCUAAUGAAGUCCAAGACAGCGAGGUAGCCAAGGAUCUCAUACUACUCGGUGCUUCCGAAAAGAAAAACUCCAGCAGUCCAGCCAGUGUGAACAGAUCAGCGGAUCCCAAAAACAGGUACUGGAAUGCAAUCCAGAAGAAUGUGAUGGGAAGUGGCUCCUUUGAUGAGCUGUCAAAUCCUGCCGCCACAUUCUUCCGCUUGACUUCCAC